CUGAGCCGGCGGCCGAGGCGCCUGGCUCCCCAAGCUCCGAGAGCCAGUGCCGGCCGUCGUGGACGCGGGCUCCGGGCUCCGACGGCGGAGGAAGGAGGCGGCGGCGGAGGCCACGGCCACGGUCAUGGAGGGGCAGCAGCUGUCCCCGCAGCCCCAGCUCCAGCUCUGCGACAGCCUCAUGAUCUGGUUGCAGACAUUCAAUACUGCUGCCCCUUGUAAGAAUGUCCGGCAAUUAACGAAUGGGGUUGCCAUGGCACAAGUUCUUCAUCAGAUAGAUGUGGCUUGGUUUAAUGACUCGUGGUUAGGCCGAAUCAAAGAAGAUGUUGGUGACAAUUGGAGAAUAAAGGCUAGUAAUUUGAAGAAGGUUCUUCAAGGAAUUAUGAGCUAUUAUCAUGAGUUUUUAGGUCAACAGAUUUCUGAAGAACUUAUUCCUGAUUUAAGCCAAAUAACUGAACACUCAGACCCUACGGAGCUUGGCAGAUUACUACAGCUUAUUUUAGGCUGUGCAGUCAACUGUGAAAAGAAACAAGAACACAUUCAGAAAAUUAUGACUCUUGAAGAAUCUGUUCAGCAUGUUGUGAUGACUGCUAUUCAGGAGUUAAUGAGUAAAGAAAUAGUGAGCUGUGCUUCAAGUGAUGCUGGAGAGCUGGAACAUCAGCUCAAAAGAGCCUUAGAAGAACUUCAGGAUGCAUUAGCAGAAAAAGAGGAACUAAAGCAAAGAUGUCAAGAGCUAGACAUGCAGGUAACCGCCCUUCAAGAUGAGAAGAACACACUGGUGUCUGAGAACGAGAUGAUGAACGAGAGGCUGGAUCAGUUAGACGGCUCUUUGGAAGACCCAAAUACAGUAGUGGCAAAAAAGUAUUUUCAUGCCCAGUUACAGCUGGAGCAGCUACAAGAAGAGAACUUCCGGCUAGAGGCGGCAAAAGAUGACUACCGACUUCACUGUGAGGAGCUGGAAAAGCAGCUGAUUGAAUUUCAGCAUCGGAAUGAUGAGCUAACUAGCCUGGCUGAGGAAACCAGAGCCCUGAAGGAUGAGAUCGAUGUUCUCAGGACUACCUCUGAUAAAGCAAGUAAAUUAGAGUCCACAGUAGAAGUUUAUCGUCAGAAGCUCCAAGACCUGAAUGACCUGAGAAGGCAGGUGAAGUCGCUGCAGGACACCAACAUGAUGUACAUGCACAACACGGUCAGUUUGGAGGAGGAGCUCAAGAAGGCCAACGCUGCCCGCACCCAGCUGGAGAUGUACAAGAGGCAGGUUCAGGAACUUCAUCUUAAACUUUCUGCUGAAUCUAAAAGAGCUGACACAUUAGCCUUUGAGAUGAAACGCCUGGAAGAGAAACAUGAAGCUUUACUUAAGGAAAAAGAUAGGCUGAUCAUACAGCGUGAUGCUUUAAAAGAGACCAAUGAGGAGCUCCGGUGUUCUCAGGUGCAGCAGGAUCACCUCAGUCAGGCAGGUACCUCUGUGUCAACAAGUUACGAGAAUCUUGCUGCUGAAAUUAUGCCAGUAGAAUAUAGAGAAGUGUUUAUUCGUCUUCAGCAUGAAAAUAAGAUGCUUCGAUUGCAGCAGGAGGGUUCUGAAAAUGAACGAAUAGCAGAGCUCCAAGAACAGCUAGAGCAGAAACACCGGAAAACCAGCGAGAUGGAAACAGAGCAAAGGCUCAGCAAAGAAUACAUCCGAGGUUUGCAGCAGCAGAUUGAAGACCUUCAGAAGACUCUCCAGGAGCAGGGGCCCAAGCCCGAAGGGGAGAGUUCCAGCAAAUUAAAGCAGCAGCUGGAAGCACAUAUGGAAAAGCUAACUGAGGUCCAUGAAGAAUUACAGAAGAAGCAAGAACUUAUUGAAGAUCUCCAGCCUGAUGUGACUCAAAAUGUACAAAAGAUAAAUGAACUCGAAGCUGCCCUACAAAAGAAAGAUGAAGAUAUGAAAGCGAUGGAAGAGAGAUAUAAAAUGUACCUAGAGAAAGCCAGAAAUGUAAUUAGAACCUUGGAUCCCAAAUUAAAUCCAGCAUCAGCUGAAAUAAUGCUACUGAGAAAGCACCUGGCAGAGAAAGACAGAAGGAUUGAGAUACUGGAGAGUGAAUGUAAGGUAGCUAAAUUCCGUGACUAUGAAGAGAAACUCAUUGUGUCUGCCUGGUAUAAUAAGAGCCUCGCUUUCCAGAAGCUGGGGAUGGAAUCCAGACUGACUGGAGGGAAUGGCGCCUGCAAGGAUGCUGGUGCAUGCCCUCCCGCGCGCUCCUUCCUCGCACAGCAACGCCACAUCACCAAUACCAGAAGAAAUCUUUCUGUUAAAGUUCCUGCUGCAACAUCCGAUUAAACUCCAAAAGAAACACAGAC